AUGUCAAAGCAUCCAACCACGCGCCCGUACCGACUUUACCCGGCCUACUGCUUCCAAGCGUCACCUACAUACGAUGCCUGGGUAAAGCUUACUGCCGCCGAUGUGCGUACUUUGCGAUCGGAGCCGGACUUUCAAGGCCAAAAAAUCUAUUUCAUUCUCAAUCAUCCUAUACGUUUCAUACGUGUCGUCGGCGUCGUUGUAGCCAUCGAUGAUAUCAACUUUAGAUAUUCAGCGGUCACGCUAGACGAUGGAAGUGGCGCGACAGUCGAGCUCAAGAUUGUGAGAAAUACUCCUGGAGAACAAAGUUCGAAGACGCCUCCUUCCAACACUACUGUCAGCAAUGUCAAUGUCGUCAGCCAGUUUGGCAUGUUCGAAAUCACGGUUGACGGUUGCAUGGUGGACAUUGGAACCGUGCUCAAGGCGAAGGGUACCAUAUCCGAGUUUCGCGGAGUCAAGCAGCUGGAGUUGAAAAGGGUACAAAUUGUCUCUUCGACAGACGAAGAGGCGCAAGCCUGGGCGGAGACUGCCGCCUUCAAGAUCAGAACAUUAUCUGUUCCAUGGCGUGUUACUUCGGCACAGCAUAGCGAGAUUAAGAGCAAGAUCAAGGCAGAGAAGAAGAGGGCGAAGGAGUAUGACAAGCGCAUGAACGAGUACGAGGUCAAGAAAGCUGAGCAUGAGGCUGCAAGGGCAGCUUACUCGGCGCAGAAAGAGGCGAAGCGCGAGACUCGACGACGCAAAGAAGAGGCGAUGAUGAAUGCGGGAGCCUUGAUAUGA